ACAGUAUCGUUUGAGCAGUUCACAGGAAUAAAAUGUGGAAACUAGUUGCUUUCACCGUCGUCCUUGUACAGUUGGCCUACCUGGUGGCCACAUUCAGAAUUCAAAAUCCGGCGGAAAAACCCGGCGAUAAGUUGCUGUUUGCUCACGUUCUUUUCCGCCAUGGAAACAGAACUCCAACCGCAAGCUAUCCCACGGAUCCUUGGAAGGAUAUCAGCAGCUGGCCGAAUGACUGGGGCCAACUGACAAAUGUUGGCAAACGAACCCAUCUUCAUCUCGGCCGCUGGAUGCGAGAACGCUACCACAACCUGAUCAGCGAUCGCUACUCGCCUAAUGACAUCUACGUCCAGUCGACCGAGUACGACCGUGUGCUCAUGAGUGCUCUGUCUAAUCUCGCCGGAUUGUAUCCACCAAAGGGCGACGAUAUUUGGGACAAAAAAAUCGACUGGCAACCUAUUCCCGUACACCAGAUUCCGAAAUCGCUGGACAAUAUCAUUGCAAGUACCAGACCUUGCCCCAAGUUCGAUGCGGAGUUAAACAAGUACAUGCAGGGGGAGGUCUUCCAGUCUUAUAACAAAUCGCUCGCCCCCGUAUACGAAUACUUGAGCAAGAACGCUAACAUGCAAAUCGAUUCCUACCUGAAACUGUAUGACAUCUACAGCACCUUGGAUAUCGAGUACGAAAGCAAAGGCAGGCUUCCCGAAUGGACACGGAAGGUCUACCCGGAGCCGCUGAGAAACAUCUCGGCGACAUUCUUCAAGCUGCACACCAGCACCGACGCGUUGAAACGUCUGAAGAUCGGUCCUCUACUGAAAGAAAUGGUUAACCGAUUCCAGCAGAAGAUCAACAAAACUCUCCAGCCAAAUCGGUCCCUCUGGAUCUACAGCGGACACGAUACAUCCGUGGUGAAUCUGCUCAAUGGUUUGGGAAUGUUUAAAACCCACAAUCCACCUUUCGCGGCGUGUGUCAUGGUCGAGCUGAGAAGUGCAGCCGAUGGAAAGCCGUUCGUAUCGGUGUAUUAUAGAGACAGCGAAGCGGAACCGGAGGCGAUGAGUAUUCCCAACUGUGGCACGAGAUGUCCGCUGGAGAAAUUCGGUGAACUUUACAAGCACCUCAUUCCUGAUAACUGGGAGAAGGAGUGUGAACUGUAAAAUAGUAUGCUUGAAAUAAUUCUUGAAUGAUAUUUCACUUGGCCGACAUUUAGAGAAUAUACAAUUUCCGGAAGAAAACGCCAUUGUUGACUCCUCUCAAAAAUGCCUCAAAUCGUUUUUGUUACAGAUUAUUUUUGUAAUAAGAAAGCUACAGGAUAUUUUUGAAUGUAUAAAACUUCGAAUUGAAAUAAAACACAGAUAAAUG